AUGUCAGACUCGGAAUUAAGACUGUUUGCACAAGCAGUGUCGCGUGUCCUGGGAUGGAUCUACUUUGUGUCGUGGAGCUUCAGCUUCUAUCCUCAACCAAUACUCAACUGGCAACGCAAGACGACGAGCGGGUUCGCCAUAGACUAUCCCACGCUCAAUAUACUAGGAUUUACGUCUUACACGAUAUCCACAGCGUCGUUUCUGUACAAUCCCACGAUUCGACAGCAGUAUGCAUACAGGAACCCGCUGGAGCCGAUACCGACAGUGCGAUUCAACGAUUUUCUCUUCGCGCUGCAUGGGGCGAUAAUGUGCUUGGUUGCAUACAGUCAGUUUUUUCCACGGCUGUGGGGAUUCAAGGAGAGUGACCGGCAAAAGGCGAGUCGUGUGGCAGUGGGCAUCGUGAUCGGAUGCCUUGCUGGCGUGGGCAUAGUCAUCGCAAUUGUGUUGAUCAAGGGCAAGGACUUCGGCGAAGACCCGAGCGGCUGGGCGUGGAUUGAGGUGAUGUAUGCGAUAUCGUAUGUGAAACUGAUUGCGACAGUGGUCAAAUACGUGCCGCAGUGCUAUAUGAAUUUCCGUCGCAAGUCUACCGUGGGCUUCCACAUGGCCGGAAUAUGGGCGGACUUUAUUGGUGGUGUUCUCUCAAUCGGACAACUGCUGAUCGAUGCCUCUCUGGAGUCGGAUUGGAGUGGCAUCACCGGGAAUCCGGCCAAAUUUCUACUGGCCAACAUCACAAUCGUGUUUGACUUGGUAUUUCUUGUCCAGCACCUUGUGUUGUAU